GUUGAUCAUCAACAUCGUAAUCAUGAAACUCGCUGGUUCUUUAUUUGCUCGGCCCAAGACUCCGAGCAAGCCAUUGCUGAGUUGCCGUUUAAGCCGGUGAGGUCUUGGAUUCAAAGCUGCCUGCUGCUUGCUGUCUUGGCUCUAAUUGUCAUUACUUUUGUAAUCAAUAAAAACAAUAAAUAAAAAUGCCGACUAAUACCGAAGAAGGUUUCGCAACAAAAGCAAUUCACGCUGGACAAGAUCCACUGCAGUGGAAUUAUUGUCCCGUUGUUGGACCACUGGUCAUGUCAACGACUUUCCGCCAAGACGGUCCUGCUGAACACCGCGGGUUCGAGUACGGGAGAAGUGGAAACCCGACCCGUAAUAUGCUGGAGACAACUCUAGCAGCGAUAGAGAACGGCAAGCAUGGGCUGACAUUCGCAUCAGGACUCGGUGCGACAACUGCACUGGCAGCUUUACUAGAAUCUGGGGACCACAUCGUCUGUGUCGACGACGUCUACGGAGGCACCAGCCGUUAUUUUAGGACUUGUCUCUCAAAAAAUAAGAUCGACAUCUCGUUCGCUGACGGCAACAACAUCAAGAACUUUACCAACGCCAUCAAGAACAACACCAAAAUGGUCUGGAUCGAAUCACCAACGAACCCAUUGCUGAAGCUCAUUGAUAUCCGGGCUAUUGUUGACGCUGUGAAAGCCGUCAGAUCUGACAUAAUUGUUGUUGUUGAUAACAGUUUCCUAACAUGUUAUUUCCAAAGACCAUUAGAACUCGGUGCCGACGCCGUUAUUUACUCGAUAACAAAGUACAUGAACGGUCACUCUGAUGUUGUCAUGGGCGCAGUUAUUGUGCGGAGCGAUGAACUCGAGAAAAGAUUGCGCUUUAUUCAAAAUGCACUUGGAAUUGUACCAUCACCAUUCGAUUGUUCUCAAGUAAGUCGAAGUUUGAAGACCCUUGAAGUCAGGAUGAAGCAGCAUAUGAAGAAUGGACUAGCUGUUGGUAAAUUUCUUGAAGCGCAUCCUCAUGUCACUCGAGUUUUUCAUCCACUUUUACCAUCACAUCCACAACAUGAAUUGUCUAAGAAACAAAUGUCAGGACACAGCGGCAUGGUAUCAUUUUAUGUAGACGGCGACUCAAGUAAAUUUUUAAAAGCAUUGAAAAUAUUCGUCGUCGCAGAAUCGCUCGGUGGAUAUGAGUCUCUGGCUGAAUUACCAUCAACAAUGACACACGCCUCGUUGACCCAAGAAGCGAGAGACGAAUUGGGUAUCAACGAUAAGCUGAUUCGUCUGUCAGUUGGAAUUGAGACUGAGAGCGACUUGAUCGCUGACUUGGACCAAGCACUGAAAGCCAGUCAAUUAUGAAAAUAUAAAUUUUUAUCAGUUUCCGUGUCCCAAACUCAUAUAUUUAAUAUUUCUGUCUGCAUCACAUUCAUUCCAAUAGUUAUCACUUUUUUAAAAAAAUAUUGUUUUAUCUAUGACUUUAAUUUGUUUAACGAUUGGCGGUAUCAGCAAAGAUAAAUUUAUCAAAAAUUUUAAUUUAAAG